AGUAAUACCAAAGUCUGAAUUAGAAGCACAUUCCUUGCUUUCUGUCGUGAAAUGUAUCUGGUGAUUCUGUUCUGAAGACACAACCGUAGCUAUAACCAUGAGUAGUCUGUGGCUCCUUAUUUUCUUUCUUGGAUGCAGUUCUGGAGCUUCCUUCUUUGGAGACAGUUAUGUCGCUUUAAAAGUACAAAAUGUCUUCAGUACCGCCAGACUGCACCUCCAGUUUCUGACCAGCAAACACAACGGACUACUACUCCUAGUUGGAGGUGAAACAGACUACUUAAUGGUAGAACUUCGCUCAGGUGACCUUCAGGUACAGAUGCAUCUGGGUUCUGAAGAAGUGACUCUGCAAUCGCAAAAUGGUUUGAAGCUUAGCGACUUGCAGAUGCAUGAAAUCCAAAUUGUAUGGGAAGGCUCAACGGUAACAUUGGUAAUAGACAAGCUCUUUAACACUUUCACCAAUAUGGCUGGCAAUAUUCUGGAGAUGAAUGUGCAUCAUGGAUUUUAUCUAGGAGGACUCGAGAAUUUAAAAGUACCUUAUGUGGAAGAGACCAUUUCAUUUUUCAGAGGAUGCAUAACCAAUGCCAUUUUUAAUAAUAUUGACAUUUUAUCAUCUCUAAUACCACAGCCAGGAUAUAAAACAAUUAAUGCUGUUCAAGAGGGAUGCAGUGAAGAAUUUGGAGCAACAGAAAAUAAUCCAAUCAGAUUUGUUGGACCAACAUCAUUUGUUACUUUUGCAAGCUGGGGCAAACGAGAAGAAGGGAUUAUUGAGUUUCGGAUGAAGCCAAGCCUUAACAGAGCACCCCUAAUUUACAGUUCGGGAACUUAUUCUGGUUUUAUCUAUUUAGAUAUCAUUGAUGGACAUGUAAGAGGAGCUCUUGAUAAAGGGCAUGGGCCUGUUAUAGUAAACAACAGUGCUCAUGUUAGUGAUGACAACUGGCACCAUAUCAGAGCCUAUAUUGAUGCAAAAUUAUUUGAAAUAACUGUUGAUGAUUCAGUUUCUAGGAUGUAUAUCCCCAGCUACAAUGGCAAUGUCUUAGAUCUAAAUGAUAAGCUUUUCAUAGGUGGUAUGGAUGACAGGCAUUUAAGUCAACUCAAGAAAAAUACAAAGAACAUUAUUGAAAUAGAUGAAAAAUUCAAUAGCUUUUUUGUUGGUUGCAUUUCAGAUUUGCAAAUAAACUUUGAGAAAAAAAGUUUACGAGAUGCCCUUAUCACCAAGGAAAUUCUGAUUACAUGUGAGACUGAAGAAACUGAUACAGAAUAUGAUUAUCUGUAUGAGCCUUUAGAUAGUCUUUCAACAGAAGUUCCAGCUUUCCCACAGAUUCUAACAGCUAGUCCAGUAAUACAGUUAUGUAAGUCAAGCCCUGGCCAACCUUCUGUUUUUGCAAACUUUUCAAGACUACUGUACCUCAGCCCACUGAUUGCUACUGAAGGAAAGUCAGCAGUAUGGGAACCUGAGCGUAUUCAUCUUACUGUAGAUCUUGAUAGCAUCAACAUAAGGUCAUCGCAAGUUCAAUUUAAGGUAAUCCAUGAUGCUAUGCAUGGUCACCUGGAACUAGACAACCAAGACAAUAAUAACAAGAAGCUUUUCACGUUAAUGGACAUAAUGAAUGGGAAUGUAAGAUAUAACCAUGAUGGUUCUGAGGAAUCUGUAGAUCAGCUUAUUGUCGAAGUUAGUGUACACAGCAAGGGAAAUCUCCCUGAUUGCUUAAAAAAAGGACAAAACUACAUGUUACCUAUACAAGUGAACCCAGUUAAUGAUCCUCCCCAUGUUAUCUUCCCCAGUGGGAACCUAAUCUCGAUGAUGGAACACACAAGUAAGCGUUUGGGAACUGAUAUAAUUCUUAUAGUUGAUAAUGAUUCAGCAUGUGACAAACUGAAGCUUCUGUUAGCUCCUGGAUCAUUAAACAAAUAUGGUUAUCUAGAAAAUGUUGAUAUGCCAGGUAAGCCUAUGCAAGAGUUUUCAUGCAAUGACUUGAAUGCAGGCAAGAUCCACUAUGUGCAUAGAGAUGGCUUGAUGUCACAGUUAAUGUUUUAUGCAACUGAUGGUGAAUUAGUAAGUCAAGUUUUAACCCUACAAAUACAAGCAAUUGGUCCUGGUUUGAAGAUUCUGAACAACACAGGUUUGUUAGUUUCACAGGGUGAUGUUGCAUCAGUUACCAUUAGUAACCUCUCUGCAGGGACCAGCCGAGCACAAAAAUAUAUGGAUAUUAUCUACAAUAUCACAGAGCCAUUACAACAUGGGGAAAUACAAAAGCAAGAAAAAAAUGGAAAAUGGAAGGUAACUACCUCAUUCCAUCAGUCUGAUAUACUGAAAGGGUACAUCAGAUAUAUCAGCACAGAUCCAGGGUAUUACAAUGAAGAUAUCACAGAGGAAAUGAAAUUUGAUGUUCAGGCUGGUCAUGAAAUUCUUGCUAACAAUGUUUUCCUAAUUAAAGUUAAGAGGUCCAGAAUAAAACUAAACAAUUCUCCCAUUAUUGUUGGGAUGCAGAAAGAACAAACCAUUACAGACAAUGAGCUAAAAGCUGCAUUUGAGGGACAGCUCAUUGGGAAUGAUUCCUUUGAGUUCAGAAUUCAUACUGCCCCCAGCAAAGGAUACCUGACUCUGUCAGGAAAGAAGUUGACAGAACACUCAGUCUUCACUCAGCUGGAUGUGAAGAAAAAACGAGUUACAUAUGUAUCAAUUGCUAAAAACACUGAAAGGAUACGUGACCAUUUCCAAGUCCAAGUAGCUCUAAAUAAUCAUUAUUCACCUGUCUAUACAUGUACGGUUUGGAUAGAGGUUGACCCUGAUGUACCCAUUUUGACAAAUACUGGCUUGUCCGUCCUUGAAGGGGAUCAUAUACUGAUUACUAAGAAACAUCUAUUUGUUUAUAGUCAGAAUAGUGACAGUUUUUCAUAUGAAAUUACUAAGGCUCCUCAAUAUGGAAAACUGAUUGUCUCAACGUCCCCAAGCAUGAUACUGCCAUAUAGUUCAUCCAUCUCUUAUUUUACCAAUGAAGAUAUUCUUCAUGAAGGGCUUUUUUAUCUUCAUGAUGACUCUGAAACACUAGAAGAUAACUUUUCUUUCUCAGUGAUAAAAGAGUUUGAAGGCAGCACUGAUUACAUGUAUGACGAAGCUGGACCCAUCAACAUACGUGGUACUGUUAGGAUCUCCAUUAAACCCAAGAAUGAUCAAAUUCCAGUCAGGGUGGUAGAUAAGGUUUUUAAUGUUGUUCAAAAUGGCAGACAUUUGCUAACCACUGAUGACAUCUGUUAUUCUGACCUAGAUUCUGACUUUUCAGAAGCACAACUAAUAUAUAACAGGGAAGGAGUUCCCUAUGGUAAAAUUGUUGCUGCAGAUGACAUAUCCCACCAACUGUUCUGGUUCACCCAACAAGACCUACGAAAGAAACGUGUACUCUUUAUCCAUUCAGGAGCAGAUCGUGGCAAAUUUAUGCUGCGUGUGUCCGAUGGCCUUCACCGAUCUUCAGCCCUUAUUGAGGUUCAUGCAUCUGAACCUUAUAUAACUCUAAACAUCACUGGUAUCAUUGUUAAACAAGGUGGUGAGGGGAGAAUAAGCAGUAAUGUUCUGAAUACAGAGACAAACUUAGAUGUCAGAGAUGAAGAUCAGAUUCAAUACCAUAUACAGGUCCCACCAAGUCAAGGUGAUAUCUUAGUAGGAGAUGAACAGGUGUCUUCAUUUACUCAUCGUGAUCUCUUGGAUAAUAAAGUUUAUUAUCAACAUGAUGGAAGUGGAACAUAUAAAGAUUACUUCAAAUUUUCAGUGAAAAUAAAUAAAGAAGUUGAAGAAGGAACAUUUCCUAUAAAAAUUAUUCUUGAGGGCUAUCAACAACCUCUACUGAUUCAGCAUCAGGAAAUAAUUUCUGUUUUUGAAGGAGAACCAGCAGGUAUUAAGAAGGAAGACCUAAUGGUUUCUCAGGAAGAUACCCCUCCAUCUGAUAUUGUAUACUCAUUGAGAGAUGGACCCCUCUAUGGCUAUUUAGUAAUGUUGUCUGCUAAUACAGAUGUUUCUGCACCACCAGGCCUGGAUCCUGUCCAGACAUUCACCCAGGAGGAUAUAAAUAAUGGCCGAGUCCUUUACAUGCAUUCCAGACCUAAUGAAUCAAGUGAUGAGUUCACAGUUGAGGUGUCAAAUGGCUUCCAAAUACUGGAAGAUGUCAAAGUCCAAAUUGAGAUAUAUCCUAACACCAUUCAAAUGGAGGUUGAAAAUAUUACUCUUGAAGAAGGAGGAUUUACCACUCUAACUAAAGACAUUAUAAGAAUUCCAAAUGUAUACACCAAAUCUACAAAUGUUGAAAUCACCAUUUUAGAGAAACCUAAAUAUGGAGCCAUCCGACACAAGGAAAAACCUGAUCAAGAACUUCUCUUGUUCACUUGGAAUGAGGUUGAAGAGGGUGUUAUUCUGUAUACUCAUGAUCACAGUGAGUCUCUAUCAGACAACUUCACUCUCAUGGCAAAUACAUCAGAGAACGACAGACAGAGCCUACCAGCAGUCCUUGUUGUCAUGGUAAUACCAGUCAAUGAUGAAGUGCCGACCGUAACAAUAAAUAAAGGAUUAAAGAUGUGGAAAAGAACUACAACUGAGAUUCUGCCAAGUUUGUUACAUACUGAAGACGUGGAUACCCAGCCCUAUGGAAUAGUUUAUUUUCUUAACUCACCAUCUAAUGGAAAAGUAACCCUACAAAAUAAUCCUGAUGUUCCCAUUUUACAGUUCACCCAGGCUGACAUCGAUAACAGCCAAGUUAUCUAUACUCAUGAAGGAUCUCUAAUGGGCGGGUUUGAAUUUGAAGUAUCUGAUGGCAUCAACGUCUCACCAGGUCACUUUUUUUCUGUAAUUGCUAAUGAACAGGAGAUCAUCGUAGAAGGACAACAUAACUUAACUUUGUAUCCAGGAACUCAUCAUCAGAUCACAAGACAACAUUUAAAUGUGACGGUGGUUAGUCGUGAACCUAAAGACCCAGACCAAAUAAUUUAUUUUAUAGUGAUUCCUCCUAAAUUAGGAAGGGUAGUGCUGAUUUCUCAUGGUGAUGACAUCCAGGAUGUGUUCAACUUCACCCAUGCUCAGGUUGAAGAAGGUGCUGUCUUUUAUCAACAUGAAAUGCCUAACAGGCCAUUCUGGACUACCCAGGAUUCAUUCCAGUUUGUGGUAACAACCUCUCCAGAUUUGAGAAGUGAUACUCAUGUAUUUGAAAUAGUCAUAUCCUUUGAAGCCGACUGUCUAAUGUGCUCUACUCAACUUUGGAAAAAUAGGGAGCUGUCACUGCUGGAAGGUCAAAUAGCAAGAAUUGAUUUAUCCCACCUUGAUGCCUCCAACCUCUUAUAUCUUACAAAGCCCAAGAGGUCAUCUCGUAAUAUUGUCUUUAAUGUCACCAAAUUACCUGCUGCUGGAACACUAUCUGUAGGAGACAGACGCAUCACUCAAAAAUAUCCUUACUUUUUACAGGAAGAUUUGCAGCUUGGAGAUCUGGAAUAUUUCCACCAGAAUUCUGAGAUAUUUGCUGACAACUUUGCAUUCAAAGUGUGGAUGAAGCCCACAACUGUAGACCUCAGUUCAUCUGUACCAAAAGGAAAUACCCGUGUCAUUUCUGAAGUGUUUAAAAUUACCAUACGUUCUACACAUGAAAAUGCACCCCACCUAGUGAUCGCAAAUCUUUCCCUCCAAAUAGUGCAGGGAUCUUCCAUGGUGCUUACAAAGGACACUUUGAAAGCUGUUGAUGCUGAUAGCCCUCCUGAGGAAAUUACAUACAACAUUAUCAAUGGACCAUCCAACAGUUACUUAGCCAAUGUACAUAGUGGAACUAAGCAAAUCAAACAAUUUACACAGGAAGAUAUUAAUAAAGGAAGGGUGGUUGUUACCAACAAUGGAAAUACUUCAGUGGAUAUGUUUAGCUUCACUCUUUCAGAUGGAAUUCAUCACUCAGAAAUAAGUUAUUUCACUAUAGAGGUUCUACCAUUUAUUGUUUUAUCAGUACCUACAAGAAAUAUUGAAAUACUGCAAAGUGAUAAAUGGAUUUCGAUUGGUCCAGACAUAAUGACAAUCCCAAUAAGUGCAGGGGAUGAGGAAAAGCUCUACAGAAUCACUAAGUAUCCAUCAUUUGGAAAAUUAAUGAUGAACCAAACUAUAGUUGAAACAUUCACCCACAAACAAAUUGAGCAAGGAUACCUUAUCUUUAAUUUUACUGAGUUUCAUUCCCCUGUAGAUAGUUUCACAUACUGCAUGCUAACAAGAACAGCAAACAUUUCUAAAUCUGUUAAUAUUACUGUCAAACCAUUAGUCAAGAUUCAGGACAAUGUUGUAUGGCCUAGGGGAACAACAGUCUUAUUAGAUAAUCAAAUUUUAGAUGCAUCCGAACUAGCGAACAGAACUAAAAGCAUUCCCACAUUUAGAAUAAUUCAUCAGCCUCAACACGGACAGCUCAUAAAUGUGUCUGAUAAUAGUAAACAAGGCUUGCCAAUAAAUGUUUUCAAUCAUAUUGAUCUGAAGAAUGGAUUUAUAGGAGUUGAGUUACUGGAAUCAGAAGGUGAUUUUUUCCUACAGAAUGACAGCUUAGUAUUUCAAUUAGAAGCUCGUGGCUUACCACCUGCUAUUGCAUCACUGGAAUUCACUACAGAGCCAUAUAAUGUUUUAUCAUUCAGUAAUGUCACUUUAAUUAGGAGGACAGGAAUUCAAAAUGGAGAUACUCAAAACACAGAAAUUCCAGAAGAAAAUAAAAUAUCAUUCUCACCAUCUCCAAAGCCAGUAUUAACAACAUUCUCAUCACCUCCAAAGCCAGUAGUAACAACAUUCUCAGAGUCUCCAAAGCCAGUAGUAACAACAUUCUCAUCACCUCCAAAGCCAGUAACAACAACAUUAUUAACAACACUCUCAUCACCUCCAAAUCCAGUAACAACAACAUUAUUAACAACACUCUCAUCACCUCCAAAGCCAGUAACAACAACAUUAUCGGCUCCAAGACCAGCAGUAACAGCAUUCCUGCCAUCAUCAAAGCUAGUAGUGACAACUUCAAAAGAAGUUGAAAUUACAUCAACUGACAUGCCUGGCAUUGAAGACAACUAUGUUGCUCAAGCAGGAAACAAUAUCUAUAAUAUAAUCAUUCCAGUCUGUAUACUAAUUGUUUUGCUCCUAAUUGCUGUUUUAGUGGGAGCUUUCUUCAUUAAGCGCAACAAGACAGGAAAACAUAAUGUACAACUGACUUCUUCAAAAUCUGCAAAUGGAACAGUUGACAAAGAGACAUUUCGACAAACUGAAUCUGGUCAGACUGUCCCAUUAAUGACAGUGAAAUCCCCAAGCAGUGAUACAGGAAGAGACUCAGAUGAGCUCAGUCAGAAUAUCAACCCUACUUUAAAAUCCAACCAAUACUGGGUGUGAACUUCUGACACAGAGUAUAAUGCUGCACUAUAUAUAUUUUUUGUAAUUUUUAUGUUCAGCUCGAUAAAAUGGGAGCUCAGAACUGCCAAUAAGUGAAGCAGUUUGGUGACUUAUUUAAUAAACUUGAAACAGCACUGGCGAUCAUUUUUGUGGGGAGGGGUGCUUCUCAGGGAAAAUGCUUUCUUUUCGCAUAAGCUGGAAAUUAGUAGAACCCAGUUGUGCACUGGCUUCUGUAAAAGCACUACAGAAUUGCUUAAAACCAAUGAUCUGAAGAAACCAAGUCUAAGAAGUACAUUUAGAAAAAUAUUUUAAAAAAAUUUAAAAGAUGUGCUGAUUCUUUUUCAGUUAACUUCUGUCUCCCAUACUUUCUUCCAUUCCAACUUAACUUAAAUAGAACUUAAUAUUAAUAGUAGGUAGUCUGGAAUCACAGUUUAGUACACUGUUUCCUCCUAUACUAUUUUUUAAGUGCUUACUAAGACAUACACUGGUAUGAAUAGCUAAAAUUUUCAAUGAUGUUUGGUCCAAAAAUGACAACAAUAUUUGUGAUAUUUAUUGGUUCAGAAAUCUAAAGCUGUUUUAAAUUAUUUUGAUUAUGUUUAAAGGGUACUUUAUUCUUACUACCAUAACUGCAGUAACAGUUGUUAUCCUUACUUGAGUAAUGGAAAUAUUCAGUUUCAGAUGUCAUUUCAUCUUUUCUGCUUUACAAUAUGCUUUUAAUAAUAAAUUAAUUUAAUAUCAUGGACAACUUUACAAGUAAACGCACUGACAGUCAUUACUUACAAAAUGCAACAAGAUCUCAACAUUCUGAGAUUUCCUGGAAAUUAAAUAUCAGCACAGUACAGAAAAUAGUUUUAAUAGUAAGCAUAGCAUUUAUAAAUUAUUCAUUAGAAUCAUAGCCCAUCAGUCCUACUUUUAUGUGUAUGACAUUUUGGAAGGGGUCAUCCUUUUUACAACAUGCCAAGUGUUGUGUACAUUAUUUGUGAAUGAUCAUUUUCCUCCAAUAAUUAAAAUUAUAGGUCUUGUGGGACAUGUUGUUAGUAUUAUAUGUCUCAAAAAUGGAUGUUAAAAUGCAUACAUUGCUUAGUAAAAUAAACCCUCUACUAUCACUUUCAUCAUAGCUAUGACCCAAAAGAGGCAGAUUUCAUCUGAUCAGGGGAUUACAUUUUUUUUUUUUUUUUGGAGAGGGGAAACAAUCAGCUGCUGACUAGUGUUCUGCCUUGGUAUUCAGGUUUCUCACAUCCAGGUUAACACUCACUGACAGACUGCAGGUUUUGAGCUCCCCAGUAAUAAAAUUCUAGUGAUUACUUGAAAAGCAGGUUGGGGAGGUAGAGAGUUCAGUGCUCCUAGUACAGCGUCAUUAUUGUGGUUGACAAGGGCUUUUGGGUUAUGACUAAAUUCUGACCCUGCAUGUUGACUAAUUAUUCCACAUUAGUGUGCACAUGGAUAUUGUGAGGGAUCCAUCCCUCCUCUGCAGAGAUAUACCUUCAGUUACUACCCCAUCUGCUUGCUAAAUUUCUGUCAUCAGUCCAUGGAUUCCACCUGGUAUGUUGAUAUGAGUUAUGCUCCACCACACACCAUUAGUUUGCUUACUAUGUUAUGGAGAGCCAAAGUCCAUAGUUUUAUAAAUCCUUAAAAACUGUGCAAUAAAUGAGUUGAUGUCUCAUUUCACUACGGAGGUAUCAUCACAACAUCAGAUGGUUGCAGUUUGAUUACUAAAUAAGAGCAAGAUUAAAUGUAUUGUAGACUGAUUAAUGGAUACAAUCUAAAUCAGCAGCAGGCUGCCUGAAAUAGGAUGUAUUACAAUGAAAUAAAAAGUCUAAUCGGUGAGGACUGUAUACGUGUCCAUACUCAAAGAAAACAAGUGUGUCAAACUAUUAGUUCUGACUAAGUAUGUCAGACAGGCUUUUCAAAAGGAUAUGCCCAAUCUGAGAAAUUUCCUUUGGCUAUAUCGUCAUUUGCAAGAUAAUCUGCAUCAUAAUCUUAAAUUAGUGGUCGAUGAAAGGUAUGCAUCAUACUUACUCAAGACAUUUUGCUUACCUUUCUCCUGCUAAACAUACCUUAGAGUCAUAUUGUCCUAAAGCUGAUAUCAUUUUGAUAUCUGUGGAAAUUGUUGUUGAGUAUGACAACAUACACUUUUUGAAUAGACAAUCCUUGCAAAUACAUUUUGUUUUAAUUUAUUAGUUAUUUUGUUUUCCUUUUAUUUACUGGGUUUGUCCAUCUGGGCCCCUUUUGAGUAGAGGUUGGGGAAAAAGUUCCAACAUGUUACAAAUAUUUUUAAAGAAACAUUCAGUAAUAUAUAUGAACAUAUUUUAAAUAAUAAACAUUAACAAUUAUUCAUACCUUUGCUAAUUAAGGUUACAUUCGUAUAAAAUAAACAAUUACGGUAUAAAAAAUACUUACAUAUUUAGUAGAAGUAAAAUAUUGAGUAUUUGAAGAGGCGUAUUAAUGGGUUUGUCAAAUAGAUAACAGAUGUUGUGAUUAGUGCUUAGAAAGUAAAAAAGAUUGAAAUGAGAGAAGAAACUUGGUAGUGUAGAAACCAUUAAGAGGUGAGGUAUUGAGUAGGUUUAGACAUAAUUAUAUAUGCCUAUCAUAAGGUUUACAUUACAGGUAUAGAGGUGGGAUAGUGAGCAUAGAUUUUGACCAGCUUAGUUAGACACUCCUAGGUCAGAAAUGCUGUCUUAAAUAAUCAGUCUGAUAGUAAAUCUGCUGACUGUAGUAAAGGAAAAUUUAAAGAAAAAUGGUAUACGAGAUACAUUUAUUUCAUCACAAUAACAUUGACCUUUUCUAUUUAUUUUAUACAUCUAUCCUUUAUCAAAAAUAAUAUUAAUAACCUAUGACUGAGGGAAGGGGCUAGAUUUUCAUGCUUUUACACCUAAUGCAGAUUCAGUGACUAACUCAGACAUCAACUAAUGGCUCAAAAGUUUAUGACAGUAAUUGCUGCAUGAGUUUGCUCAUGCAAAACAGUCUUUUCUAGAAUUUGAUGCAAAAACUAAAGUAACACAUUCUAAUCAGAUUAUUGAUAAAAGUGAUAAAUUUUCAAUGAGCUGUAAUUGUACUUAAAUACUAAAGAUAUGAUGACAUUUAUGGAAUAUGUGGAAAAAGGUUGCUCACUAAAGCAAAACAGAAUGAGCAUAGCUCUGUGACAGAGGGGAAUGGAGCCAUGACUGCAACCCAAGUGAUCAGGGUUGAGUUAACAGUCCUGACACUAAUGAAACCAGGCAAGGGAAGUAGUGAAAGCACAUGGCUGGCUUGUGUCUCCCACAGAGGUAUUCCACACUUGACAGUACUUGGGUAGAUGCAGUUUCCCCGGUGGAGAUUAGAAACCCACCCCUUGUGGAUCAGGGUGCAUUUGAAGGAAUGACCGUUGCAGAAGUGAGGAGAAGUGUCCUUAAUGCUCAGCCUCUUGCACUUCCCAUCCUUAGUGAUAGACUCCCACCCAUGUGAGGGGGGACCAAGCAGACUGACUGACAAGCAGGAAGGAUAAAAUGGUAAAAAAAAAGUGUAAGAUAAAAAUGUAAAAGUAGGUACCGUCUCAACAUUCAAUGUUUCAAAGUUUUUGUCAUCUCCAAAAGUAGUUUUAUAAAUUAUAUUUGACCGUGUUUAUUAAGUUAUCAAAGAAGUAUAGCAUUCUGAAAACAUAUUUACUUGCCUUUAGCCAGGAUAUUUAACUAGUGAUUUCAUUAUCUAUGUAUUAAUCCAAUGACCAAGUCAUUUGUUGCUAAAGACUUUUGUUACAAAAUAUGUUUGUUUUUGCAUGUAAUAUUUAUUUGCUGUUGUUAUCUGAAGUAGUGUGUUCACUUUUUUGUUUAUGACAUGGCAAUUUCUUUCAUAACACAGUAAGAAAGAGCACCUGCUUCUGUGUGUUUCUAUAUCCAAGAUAUUGAAUACACUACAUGCAUUUGUCAUUUGGCAGAAGGCUUGCAGGAAGGCUGAACUGAUGAUGUUUAGAGGAAAACUGCAUAUUUUUUAAUUUAAAGUGAUAAGUUAUAGGAAACACAGGUGUAAAGAACAUGAAGUUCCAGUGAACACAUUUUGACUUUCGAAAUGCCUCCAUAUGGCUGGAUAAUCAAUAUCUAUAUCUUGGGCACUUUAUUUAUUUACACACAGACAGAUACUAUGAAGGUUUAGCUGUUAAUACAAAAAACUUCUGUCACAGUGCAAAGUAUGAAUAUACAGUGCCACAAGGAAGCAAAUAUAUACACAAGUAUGUUUUUGUUACCUAAAUAAGCCAAAUAUACUGGUGAUGAAACAUAGGUUAGACCAUAUACAUUGCACACUGGGGAUGUCUCAAAAAGGUAGGACCCAAACAGGGCUAUAGUGUCAUCAUAUUGAUAAAAGGAAUCUAAAGGGAGGUGUAAACUUUCAAACAUCUAUACCAAUCAAUGUGAGAGACUGUGAUGUAAGAGGCAACCAGCAGUGAGAGGAUCAUGAAACUUUAGCUAGAAUGAGGAAGGAAAAAACAAAAUAUGAAUUAGUAAAUAAAAAUGACACUAAAGAAUAUGACACCAAAUCAAAAAGGUCAGCCUAUAUUACCCCAGUCAGCUGUGCUGUCAGAUUUGAAUUGCAAAGAGGCCAUCACAAUCUGCAUCCCAAAUGGCAGGAGAAAGCUAACACUUGUGUCUAUAUCCCAAAAGAAUAUAGUAGAUUGCUUGUGAGUGUGCACAAAAAAGACUGCAAAAAAGUCUGGUCAGUCCUCUCUGAUUCAGAAUUCAAUUCCUUUUUCAGUCCUUAUGUGCUUGUGAAAAUUAUCUGGCUGUUCUGCAGGACACAGCAAUCCAGCAAUGAAAUGAAUAUUCUGGAAUAAAUCACCACAUCCUUACUCUGCAGCACCAGGUCUCUCAUGUUGGCUAAUGCCUGUAGAAACCAUCUUCUGACAUUAUAGUCAAAAACAUGAAUGGAUUAAAUUUACAAACUAACACAUUCAUGCCAACAGCAGUCACAAUUUUACCCAAAAUAAUGAAAUAAUCUCAACAAUCUCAAUCGACUAAUUUCCAAAGUUACUGAGGCAUUCUUAGCUUCCUUUUAAUAGUGGAUGAACCAUCCAUGUAGUUUAGCAAUACUGUCCUUACAUCACACAUAUAUGUAUCCCUCAAAAAAGGAUUAAGAACAAAGCUAAGCCAUGCAUGAAUUGUGUUCAUAGUGAAUGUGACCAAAGCCUGCAUGAAAUGCUUACAAGGCACCCUAACAGGUGAGCUUACAAACUAUACAAACAUCAGGCAAGGGAGAGUAACAGACCCUAUUGUGAGACUUUAUGUAUGAGACAAAUAACCAGUGGUGAAACAAUCAGGAAGUACAUGAAGAAUGAGGGUGAGUAAGGAAAAAAUGAAAUAUGAAUUAGUAAACAAUGACGCUAAAGAAUAUGACAGCAUUCAAAAUGUCAGCAAUUAUUUAAAUGCAGUAAAGUAAGAUAAUGCAGUCAUAGCACCGUCAAACAAAUGUUGAUAAUGUUAUUUCUUAAAUGUAUAUUUACCUUUGUGCAUGAAAGAGCUCAGCAGUUCUCAGCAUCACUUCUUAAAUUAAUUAGAUAAACUACCAGUUCCUUGUCUGUUGUUGUUUUGUACUUUGAUACUUGCUCUAGGCACAUACAAUGUCACUGUAUUUGUUUCUCUAUUUCAGCUCCAUCUGAAAGGUAAACUGAUAUACACUGAUGAUGGGGAGACUCUCCUACCCUACCCUCUGGAAUGUGCAGACAGAGACAUGGAGUGUGUGCAUGGGUGUUGGGGGGGUACCUGACAUACACACAUAUUACAUUGGACUCAUGUCCCAUCCGGGGCUAGUUCUUUGCCUUAUACUUACUUUUAUAGCCUCCAGCUCCUCAUGGCCCAGCAUAGGAUAAAUUGGGUAUCAGAAAAUGAAUAAAUAAAUUAAUAAUGGACACCCCAAGAGCAGUUCAAUGAAGGGGUUACUGCCAAUCAGUAUUUUUCUGUAAUCCAAGAUGCCAAAAUUGACAUUAGUAGCACUGAGUGCUGAGAGUGCAGCCCCUGCAUUGUGGGCCCCCAAAAAAUGGAUUUUAAAUGGGCAUGAGCGUACUCAUUUUUGUCAGAAGAAUAAUAUUGUACAGCUCUGAUAUCUCAUAAGUAACCAGGUAUUCAGGUAAGGACGUCAGAUGUAAGAGGGUGCAGUCCCCUGCAUAAACACUAUUUUAAUGGGGCAAUUUCAAUGAGAUCGCUCACAUGUGGAUGAACAUGAACCUUUUUCCUGUAAGACUGUUCUUUUGUUUAAAUAAUUUGACUUGAGUAUUCAUUUGAUUUUCAGGAUUUCCAGGGAUCCUGAUGAAAUCUCCACUUGUUAGCAUACACUAACAUGACUUUCUAAGGUACAGUGAUAUUUCUCUUUGUGUAAGACCACUAUGUGCUUUAAUGAGACAUUUUUCUUUUCCCCACUGUUGUGCAACUGUUAGCAUAGAGGAGCUAGCAUUUAUAAGUGCAGUUGUAUAAAGGAUUUUUGCCCCUUACACAGGCAGUGUUGCAAACAUGCUUGUUUUGAUGUUUGCUUAUAUGUUAUAGAGGGAAUACUCUCUAAAUCAUUUGUGAUAGAGCAAUGUUUUCAUUACUGGUCCAGCACUGCCUAUUCCCAGAGGAAAUGUUACAGAAAACACAUUCUAUUAGUUAACCAUGGAUGUACAGUAACUUACUUUUUAGAGUUUUUUUUGAAAUGUGUUUAUUCAAUAUAUGAAUGAUCAGUUUAUAGCUUGUAAAUAUGCAGUUUUGAACUUAAUUAAAAACGUAAAUAUUUUAUUCAAAUGCUGCACAAUUUGAUAUAAUUGUAUCUAUUUGCUAAUGGUUGUUAAGUAAGUCUAAUGGCCCAUACUCUUCCACUGAACAUGUUUUGAGAGUUUUCACGUAUUAACUAGAAAAUCACCAAAGAUUUGAAUUUUAAGGAUUUCAAAUAAAUGUAAGAGAUGUCUCCUAAAGCUAUGUUUUCAUUCUUUACUUUGACAUGGAUACUAAUUAAUGUAUCUGUUUUAAAUUAAUAAUGGAUAAAUAGAGAGUAACUGUGUAAAAUUACAAGUUCACCAGUGAAUAGUACACGAAGCAUUCUUACUCAUCUAGCUAAGCAAACAGGGAUAGGUUUACUUAUGGCCAGUGCUGUAGGCAUUACAAUGUUUUUAUUGUAACAAAGCACUGCCAUUUCAGUGUUUUGUUGCCUUAUUCCACAUAGGAUUAAAGUUGUUUUCUGUCUUCUACAGAUGGUAAUUGUUUAUUGAUUUAUUAUUUUUUAAACAUUUUUUUUUACUAUCAUUUUCUCUGUGUUUUCAUAUUUAUCACAAAAUUUACUGUAUGAAGUGACAGAGGCUCCACAAAAAGAAAGUCAUAUUUAACAUUUGUAAUUAUUUAUUUAUUUUUUGGGGGUAGUUGUAUGAUGGUGUUCCCCAUUUACUACAUCAUAAUUCUCUGGGUUCUUUUCCUUUGCACAGUACUGAAUCCUGUUUUCCCUGUAUUACACAAAGCAGGUGUAGAAUACAAAAUCUGUUAAAGCAGGGAUUCUGACAUUAAUAAUGAUAGCAUGGAAACAUGUCACGGUGGAAGGUUGUAACAUCAAGGAUGGAGUAAGCUAUAGAGACAUAUUAAACUGUAUACGGAAAAAUUAUGCAUUUAUUUUUUUAACUUUUUGGAUGUGUUUAUCUCCAAAAGAAUAUGUACCUCAUUUCUUAGUUAUUGAAUAUUAUGUACAUUUAAUGUUCAGAAAAUUCAAAAACAAUUUUAAAGAAUUUAAGAAUUAUCAUCUUCAUGAAAUACCAGUAAAGUAUUUUAUUCUGAGGCAACACCACUCUAUUACAAGAAGGAAUACUCUAUUAUUUAUGAUGAAGUCUAGCCUUCAAGGCUCAUCUGUGAUUUUCUUCAUGGAGAAAGAAGUCCAGAUAGCUUAAACAAUGCAUGCUGGGUUUGGUGACUACUGAAUAACUUUCCAGAAAAUGUAUGUUUCAAACACUAACACCACAUUUCACUUUUUAUGGAGCAGUUGACAUAAUCCAGAAAUUCUACCAAACUGCAUCUCUCUUUACAAGCUUAAUUUUGAAAUUCCAUACAGCUGACAUGGAUUAAAACUGUAUCAUAAGUAUCACCAAAGUUGGUCUGAACUGAGGAAACAUUAGCAAAUUUAGAAGAGACUGAUGCAUGCUAGCAGAGAUGAUAUAACUGGUAAAUAAUGACAUAUUUUUAAAACCAAAAAAACUUUACUGGCAACAAAACCUGGAACAUGACUUAGAAGCCUUACUACAGGUAUAAAAUGUACACACUUGACAUUCAAUACAUCAAACAAAAAAUAACAUUAAUUAUGGCAGCAACCAGGAAUUUUCAAGCAAGUUGUGAGUGUGACUCUUUUGCAUGUAUGCAUCAGUGGUUAUAUGCAUCGGACUUCAAUAUGAAUGCUGCUUAAUUAUAUCUUAAUGUUGAUUUUCUUACUUUAUCCUGUCUUAAAGUUCCAGUAAUUAUGAGUAAAACCACCUUUUUAAUCAACACCACUUAAAAGAUAGAAUUUGACAUUAAGGAAAACUAAGUAGUAGCACAGUCAUAAGACUUUUGCCUCACAUCUUGAGUUUGUCCUUGCCUCUAUAAAUAGAUGGUCCAUGUAAGAUACUUCUACAAUAUUCACAAUCAUAACACUUAAAAUUAUUUCCAUUAAUAUUCUAAACAUUACUUUCUUCCUUUGUAUUAAUCUUUUAAAUUCUGUGAUCUUUCAUUCACAAAAUCAGGGAUAGAACCAACUACUUUUAAAACUUCUGGAUUACCCCUGAAUUAUUCUAUUACCUCUUAUUACAACUUUAUUGCCUUCUGAACCAACAGUGUAUAGUAAUAACAUUACUUAUACAGUGUCUUUAGGUGACUUUCUUGGCAUAACACCUCUACCUUGUGGAACUUCUAAAGAAUUGCCAUUUAAAGGCAUGACAGUACUCAUUGCUAUUCAUACCUUUCCUUUUAGUUAACUUCUAUGCAAAAAUAUCUAGAAGCUUUUUAGGAAAUCCUCUCACCUGAAAAGUUAGUUGCACAGUUUUUAUGUCAACAAAAAUAACCCUUUUGCAGUAUAUCACUCAACAAAUGUAAUUUAAAUUCAUAUAUGAAGCCAAGACUAAAGUCGAUAAAUCAUACAUGUAUUUUGAAAGGUAGCACUAGCACUUUGAGGCAUUCAUUUUAUUGGUUGAAGUAGGUAUUGUGAUUUUCCGCUGAUAAUAUUUAAGAACAGUUGAAAAGUGAAGAUGAAAGCUAUAUAUUGUGUAGAUUUCAGUGCUGUUUUUGACUGUGUACAUUUUUAUAUUUUUUAUUCUUGAUGUGAAAAACAUACAUUUCCUUAAUCCAUGCAUAGCACAUUUUAUUGAAUUCCAUCACUCAGAUGUUGAUGACAUAAAAGAUGCUGUUUUAGACAGAAUCAUUGGCACUACACCAGUGCAUAAACAUAGGAAAAACAAUAUUAAUAAACAAAGAAGCCUUGUACCUCCUGAAAUAUGACACAUACAUACAUCCCAUGGGAUAAACUCAGAGCUUGCUUAAGGAUCUACUCUGAGUAAUUGUAUGUAUUUAAUAAACGUGACUAUGUUAAACCAAAAGGUCUAAAUCCUUGACAGGUCACAGCUCAAAAUAGCAAUGCUUCUAAGAUUAUAAAAAACACAAUUUUUUUUUUUUUUUGGAUGAUGGCAAGCCCCUGCACCUGAUCUUUAUAUCUAGUCACUCCAGGGUCAUGCAAUCUAGACAAAAUAAACGGAGAUGUCCUUCUACCUUUUCUCAAUAUCCAGUAUACCACAAACAAGCUCACAAGUUGUGACACAGACUAUGUCAAAGUGUUGACAAGAGGAAACAGAUACUGACAUUUCAAUACACAAUACAGUGGACACAAGCAUGCAUAAGUUUACUCUUUCUUAGGUACGCAAGAUUAGUUUGACCAGAGGCCAGGCAUGUCUUCUUAACAACCACCCUCAGACACUACCAGGUUUUGUAAAGUCCAAAGGCAAAUUUAAGAACACCCAUCCAGAUAUCUAAUUUACAUCUGAAGGAUUGUAAAGAUAUUCAUUUGGCUGUUUCCAUAGUUACUGCAACACCUGUACUGGCUAGUGCAGUAUUUCUGUAGUCCUUAGAAAAGUUGUAGCACCAUGAGUUUUGGAAGUUUUUAUUUAUGUUUUAGCAUUCAAACCCAACAUGACUUGGUAAUGUGGUACACAAUAAAACAUUGCACUUUUACUUAAAGAAAAAAACAAAAGCUCGCCAAUGACAUGUUGCUAUGCAAUGCAGACUUAUCUUAAAAUAUGAAUGCAAGGUAUAUUUUCUGGGGGGAAAAGAUGUAUAUGUUUUCUUUUUUCAAAAGAAUAAAUAAUAGUUAAUACAUUACUCUAAAAAAGCAAAUACAGACAAUCCAUUUGCUGGUGAUGCCAAAGAGACAGCUAAAGUGAGAAUUAUUAAUUUGAUGUGCUUUUUUAUAUAAUGCAAUUCAUGUGGUGUGAUUCCAAAAUCUGUCUACAUGGUUUAUUUUAGUAUUUUGGUUAUAGUCUUCACAUUUGUUCCUUUAUUGCAUCUCAUACAGCUGAAAUGGUACCUUAGUCCCUUUCUGUUUUAUAGGCAUCUUUCAAACAGAUCACUGUCUGUGUCCCAUCUAGCAAAUCACACUAUGAUUUUUACAUGUUCCUUGUCAUAAUGCUGUGUUUCUCUCUCAAAUUCAUGUCCCAGCUUGAGCGCCUUCAUUGUACUGAUUUGUAACAGAUUCUAUAAAUUCAGUAUGCCAACAGUGAAAAAAAGAGAAACCAAUACAACUGCAUUAAUCUUGAACAUAUUCUUAAAUUGUAAGACAGCCUACAAGAAGUGUCUAGAAAUGUGGUGUUUAUUUUCUGAAAUUCUUAGUAUAAUUUUUCUAUAAAAAAACCUGCAACAAGUUCAGCACAAAAUACAUCAACUCUUAUGCUAAAGCUUUGUCUUAUUUCAGUUUGAAACUUGACUGUUGCUGUGCUUGCAGUAUUAAUGUCUUUUUAUAUUGUUUGUGCAUCAUGCUACACUAGACCAUUAAAGUGCUUUUGUUUACUAAAGUGUCA